CGGUUAGAUCCGGCUGGUUUGUCCUCGCGGAGAAUCAAAGCGCGUCAGUGGGCGACUGCAAAGGAAAGCAGCCGCUCUCACUCUCUCCUGUCAGAACAAAGCCCGCCAGAAACCCCUCAGCACACCUGGAUUUAUCUCUUAAAGCCGUGUAUUUUCACCUGAUGUAAAAGAGUGCUUGACAGGGAGCAGUGAUGGGCGCGUUUGGAGUGAUUCUGAGGAGUUUACACUGUGUGGGACUCUACAUCCAACUUAGUGCCAGUCUCAGACAAGCUGGAAGCGACGACGUGGAAAACCACAUAUCCAGCAACGCUCUCUUCACGGAAAUCCCUCAUGACAUCACGACACAGAGCGGACAGGAUGUGGAGAUGGCCUGCUCGUUCCGGGGUGCGGGGUCACCGUCCUAUUCACUAGAGAUUCAGUGGUGGUACAUCAGGAAUCACAGAGAAUGGACGGACAAGCAGACGUGGACCACCAAUCAGGUGGUGCCGCAGAAUGAGAUGUCCAAGGACGCCACCAAAAUCAGUGUGGUGAAGGUGGCGGGUAGCAACAUCUCCCACAAACUCCGUCUGUCCAACGUGAAGCCAUCAGACGAGGGAACAUAUGAAUGCCGUGUCAUCGACUUUAGCGACAGCAAGCUGCGUCACCAUCACGUCCGGGCAUACCUGCAGGUGGAGCAGGGCGAGGGGAACGCCGCACCUCCAUCCCAGCAGGGAGCAGCGUCACCGGAGGAAAUUCUGCAGUCUGAGCACCACAAGCACCAGUCUACCCAUCACGGGCCACCACAAAGGCGGUCGAGAGCUCAGGAAGAGGUCCACUGAUGACAGUAACACUGACUGCACGGAGAGUUGUGCACUUUAAAAUCCUGCUCUUAGUUCCACUCACACCUACCAACACCCCUUCACGUCCUUCAUAACCUUAACACAAGAUGUAUAUUUGUGUAUAAAACAAAGUUAGAUGUCUGUUCAGAACAGGGAGUGCAUGACACAAAUCUUUCUAAUAUUUGCUAAGCAGCAAAGCAACCAAAUCAGACACCUCUCUGGUCGUUUUUAGUGGAUUUAUGGUUUUGAUACAGUAGACAGAUGGAUUAAACUCACUGAGAAAUGUCAGUGAUGUAUAUUUAGCCAAAAAAGUUAACACAAUGAAGCCUAUUGACAAAGUUGUUUUGUUAAUACUGCAGUCUCAUGCGUUUGCUUUCUAUAGCCAUCUCUGUAAUGUGGGUUACAUAAAUUGCAUCCUAAUUAUGAGCUAACAUUUGUGAAUUGUCGUAAGCUAAGGCAAGAGUUGUGGAACACUGAUUGUUUAUUUACUCGCUCAUUUUUGAUGAUUUUUAACGGAUUGUAGUUUUAAGCACAUUGCCCCUCAGAUUUCUCAUUUCUAUUAAUUGGGUUUAAUAAAACAUGUGAAGGAAAUUUGCUUUAAUGUCAAAAUGCAGAAAAAAAGAAUCCUAAAGUUUUUAGACGUUGCUUCUUAUGUUGUGAUGCAAAAUAACAUUUCUCCUUUUUAUCUUUCUUUUGGUUUUGGGGUGAAAUAUGACCCAGAUUUAUUUAUUGACCAUUUAAAUUCAGUAAAAAGGGGGCAGGACAAAAGUUAUAUUAUUCAUCUGGCGAAAGCAAUUACAUUGACAAGCUGUAUUUACUCUCAUUGUUUACGUGUAUAAUGUAGAAGGCACCGGAUUAUUGUUGGGACAGAGUCACAGCUGACACAAGUGUCAUUUAUAAGGUCCCGCAGUUUCCUGCAAAUAUUUCAUUCAGCUUUAGUCUUAUCAAUGGAUCGACGGUGCACACAAACAAUAUUACGUUUUGUGAUUUUUAUGCGGCUUUUAAAACAUCUUUAAAGCAGUCACAGUAUGUUUAAUGGUAUUAAUGACUGCUUUCUUUCCGGUUUCUUUGAAUUUUAUAUUUCGAGUGAGACUAUAUGUACAGAUUGUGUAUAUUACAGUAAUCCCACAGAACUGAUUUCACACUCCAUGUAUGCCUUUAUCAAAGUAAUAAACACAUUGUACAUUGAUCAUACAACUUGGUGUAUUAUAAAGACGCAAUCCUUUGUCUUUAAAAAAUAAAUUUGACUUCAGUAUACUCAAAUCAACCUCUGCUCUCCGACCAUAACAUUUAUCGGAUGACUUCAGAAAUUGUGGCAUGAUUAUACGGUCAUACAUGUACUGAACUCUUAAAGGUACAGCAGCAAAAUAAAACAUGAUGGAAAAUGA